CAUUCAGACGAGAUGGAAAGCGGAGGAAAACUUUGGGGCUGCCGUUUUGGUGAUCAACCAAUCGAUCCAGUGAUGGAGCGAUUCAACUCAUCCAUCAAUUAUGACAAACGUCUUUGUUACGUUGACAUUCUGGGAAGUAAGGCUUACGCCACAGCUCUAUUCAAGGCCGGUCUUUUAGACCAGGUGGAAUGCGCUGACAUCUGUCACGGUCUAGCCUCUAUUGAGGACGAGUGGCGCAGUGCAACAUUCCGGAUUAAUCCAUCCGAUGAAGAUGUUCAUUCAGCCAAUGAACGACGCCUUAAGGAGUUAAUUGGAUCUGCAGGUGGAAAACUGCAUACCGGUAGAAGCCGCAACGACCAGGUGGCUACUGAUUUGCGACUUUGGUUGCGACAGGAAAUAGAUGAAUCGUUGGACGGGUUUCUUGUUCAAAUUAUUCAGGUAUUGAUUGAACGAGCUCAAGAUGAAAUGGAUAUUCUUCUACCUGGUUACACACAUCUGCAGCGGGCACAGCCCAUCCGCUGGAGUCACUAUUUGUGCAGUUAUGCCUGGAGUUUGUGGUCAGAUUGGAAUCGUUUGAUGCAGCUAAGAGAUCGCGUCAAUGUGAUGCCUCUGGGUAGUGGCGCACUGGCCGGCAAUCCGUUCCCGAUCGAUCGGCAUUAUCUUUCGGAUUUGUUGGGCUUUGAUUCCAUCACUCCCAAUUCGCUACUGGGUGUCAGCGAUCGAGAUUUCGUCGUUGAAUUUCUGUCAUGGGCAUCAAUUUUAAGCUCCCAUUUGAGCCGAUUGGCAGAAGAUCUGAUCAUUUACUCGACGAAAGAAUUCAACUUUGUGACUAUCGCGGACGCAUAUAGUACAGGAAGCAGUUUAAUGCCACAAAAAAGAAACCCAGAUGGAUUAGAACUGAUUCGAGCUAAAGCUGGAAGAAUAUUUGGACAGAUGGCAGGUUUCUCUAUGGUCCUAAAAGGAUUACCAUCGGCCUACAACAAGGACUUACAAGAGGAUAAAGAGGCUCUGUUUGAUGUUGUGGACAAUUUGUUCUGUACUCUUCAAGUCGCUGCUGGGAUUCUUUCCACUUUAAAGGUAAAUGGAGAGAAGACUUUAGGUGCACUCAGUUCCGACAUGCUUGCAACCGAUCUAGCUUACCAUCUAGUGCGAAGAGGCGUGCCUUUUCGCGAUGCUCACGUAACCGUUGGAAAGAUUGUAGCAAUGGCCGAGACCCAGCAUAAAGAUAUUGCAGCAUUAACUCUUGAAGAUUUGCAGUCCAUCAGCUCGGUAUUUGAUGAUCCAUCCGUUACAAACAUCUGGAAUUACGAGCACAGCGUGGAGCAGUAUCAAGUCACGGGUGGAACAAGUCGAAGGGCAGUCCAGAAACAGAUAGAUGACCUUAAGGCUCUGCUUGAAUUUCGAAAGGGUUCUAUUAGUACUGCCUUAUGAAAGGUGAUGAAGCGCAGUUAAGUGCCAAAGUAGUUUUGGUUUUCUGAGUGAACACUUUAAUUUCUCUUACACUGUUUCAAUUAUAA